AUGUCUGAGUUGCCAUCUGAACCUCAACAAUCGCGCUAUCUCUGCCUGACGAUAUGCGGCUAUCGCAAGCCGGGCAUGAGCGAGGAAGAUUAUCGUAAUCACAUGGUCAACGUCUCUGCCCCUUUAACCAAGGACCUGAUGGUAAAAUACGGCAUCAGGCGAUGGACUCAGAUCCAUAACCAGAGCGCAACACGGGCGCUAAUGUCCCAGCUCUUUGACCCACAGAUGGUGCACCUUGCCGACUUUGACUGCUUUAGCCAGGUCGUCUUCAAGUCGGUGGACGACUAUGUGCGAAUGAAGCAGGACCCGUGGUACAAGGAGCAUUUGGUAGGUGAUCACGAGAAGUUUGCUGAUACGAAGAAGAGCAUGAUGACUAUUGGCUGGAUCGAGGAGUUCAUCGAUGAUGGGAAAGUUGUAGAGGCGAAUAAGGGGUUCUAG